CCGAAACCAAUUCCAAAUCGGCUUCAAAAGCGUGACUUUUUUCCGCGAAAAAUGUUUUUUUCGGGAAAAUUGGGCGUGAAAAUCUCAAGGAAAAUUGAACCAGACAAAUAAGUACGUCGCUGUUGAAUUAUUAACCGAAAUCGAACCUGCUGCUGGACAAGGACACGCAAAGACACUGGAAUUGGCCAAAGUGGGGAACAUAUUGUUGUAAACAUUUGCGAAGAUAACAAUUAACAAACCAAUAAAUUUAAUGGUCGGGUUCCACUGGUUCCAAUUUCCAGUAGCCGGUCAGUCAGGUUUGAGUGCGCAUCGGGUCCUCGUCAGUAGUGGUCAAUUAGUGCGAGUCUUGCGAUAUGGUUCCAUCGGGUACCCGGAAAUUGUUGUGGAUUGUUGCUGUUUGUUUUGUUCAUUGUCCUGAUGAGUUGAACGGGCAAUGGGUGGUUGAAGAUGAUGGCUGUCGUACUCCAGACCGAGGCACCGGCAACUGCAUCCCCAUCACAGACUGCAAGCCCAUGCUUAACGUCCUCCAAAGGGUGAAAAGACCCAUUUCGGACGCUGUGAUGAAGCGCCUGCAGAGCUACACAUGCGGCUCAUAUGGUUCAAGCAUCAAGGUCUGCUGCCCUCCAAGCGAAAUCGUUUUGGAGACUGAAAGCCUCCCGCCAGACGUGUCCAACCACCCCAACCUCUACCUCUUGCCGAAAGAUUGCGGGUAUUUGAACACGGACAAUCGCAUAACCAAUGGGGAAAACGCCGCCAUCAACGAGUUCCCUUGGAUGGCUCUGCUGCGCUAUAGAAACUCUAGAGGCCUGAAGUUCAAUUGCGGCGGCUCCAUCAUCAACCGGAACUACAUCCUGACUGCGGCCCAUUGCCUUUCCGGAAUCACUUCCCAACUAGUUUCAGUGCGAGUGGGGGAGUACAGCAUAAAAAACGACACCGAUUGCGACCUGGUCAACAAGACCCUCAAGUGCAACCCGCCAGUGCAGGACGUGGCCAUCGAGAAGGUGAUUCCUCAUGAGCAGUUCAAGACGGGGAGGAACGGCUUUGAUAUCGGGCUGAUUCGCGUCUCCACCAUGAACCUGGAAGUUGAAAGCGCGCGACCAGUCUGCUUACCAUUGGGUCGGGAGCGGACCAGGAAGUUUGACGCGGUGUUUGUGACCGGAUGGGGAGUGGAGAAUGUGGCUACUG